CCCCCCCCCCACACACAUUAUGGAAAUCACCAGAGGCACUUUAGAUGACAUUUCCCGACCUGCGUCGAGCGAGCAGACAGCUACCCGCGUGUCCAGCGUAUCAUUACCUCAAAGUGACAGAAUUUGUCCUACAGCUCCAUUUUCCCUUGUUGUUUUGCCCAGCGAUGCUCCUGAUGCUCAGAUUCCGAACAGCUCUGAAGAGACUACAGUCCACUCAUCAGCCACAUGUCCUGGCAAAGAUCAGUUUCACGCUGAUGCUUCCGAGGGAGAGAAUAGACAUUUUAAACUGCAGAGAGCUAUUGAAGAAAUGAAAAGACUCGAUGACAUACUGUCUGCAAAAAUCUUCAAACUAAAAGAAGUCCGGCGACAAAGAAAGGAAUUUCAAGCAAAACUCUGGCAAGAGUUCAAGCAGAAUAAGCCUGAAGGUCACUCUGGAUGUGCUCAGGAAGCUUUGAACACAAGGUUGUUUUUGGCUUUGGAAGCACCCGAAGGAACAGAUGAGGACAACAACGUUAUACCUGUGUUUGACACUCAGAUUCCUGAACAUGAACAGAAUGGAAACAACCAGCACUUGGAGCCAAGUAGAAAGAGGCCAGACAGCUUGACCAGAUCAUUUGAAGGAGAUUAUGAAGACACUAGGGAAGACCAAUUUGAAAGCAGCCACUCUGGAGAUUCCAAAGGCAUGAAUAAACACAAGGACUUUGUCAAGAAAAACAUUGAGCUUGUAAAUGGCGAAGGAGGUGAAGUGCUUUUGACCCAGGCAGAGAAAAGGCGUCUGGCUGAGCUCCUCCGAGAAAUAGAUGAAGAGGAAGACGACACUGCCAGAGGCGCAGACAGCAAGGAGACCAUGUGGGCCGUGUCUGUCCCCACAGUCCAGGGUUACACCCCGGAGCCCUCUGACCUGGAGCAGCUGAUUGACAUUGACUCCAAAAUUGGCCUUCUCCUUCCUGUGGAAGAAUUUCACUCUGUGCACAGCUCAUACACCAACUUAACCAUGUCACAGCAGGUAACAGUUGCAAAAAAAGCCGAACUUACAGGCAGAAAAGUUCAGGAUAUCCUCAACAACUCAUCUCAUUAUUGCUGCCAUUGGACAGAAGUGAGCUUGAAUAUUUACAGUCUCUUCCAGAGGAAAUACAGGUGGACACCCGGCAUAUUGACAGCUGAGGGCCUUGGCUCGGAGGUUAGUUGGAAGUGCGAUGGGGACCCGCAGCCAGGAGAGAAGGUCCUGCAGGAUAUAAAGGAGAGGAGAGGGCAGGAGAGGCGGCUCCAAGAGAUCCAACGGCAGCUGGAGCUCCUGGGUCAAAGCCAAGAGAUGACUAAUGAGUCUCCGGACCUGACUGAGGAACAGUUACUUUGCCUGAUGGAUGGAUGUGAGCUGGCAGAAAGUUGGAGCCAGGACCUUGAAAUGAAUGACUCAUCAUAAAGACCUGAAAAAAUGAUUUGACUGCUACCAGAUGGCAUCAUUUCUGGGACUUAUUAAUGAUUUUAUGUGGUUAGACUUUGGCAUUAGAUCUCUGAUGAUAGAACAGUCUCUUCAUUUAUGUACUUACCAAAUUAAAGCCACCUGGGGGAAGUCGUGUGCCCAUGUUUGUGAUAUAUGACAUCCCUGGCCUGUGAGGACGUGGACGCUGGGCUUCUGGGGUGUCUUGAUUUGACACUUCUAAGGUUUGGGCUUGUUGCAGCACAACACAUGGAUGCUUGAUGGGAUUAAGUGCAGGGAGUUUGAAGAUCGGGUCAAUGCCUUGGGCUCUCGGUCAUGUUCCUUGAUGUGUUCUUGAGCAUUGUUUUGCAGUGUGGCAAGGGGCACAAAGGUGGGAUACCGUUCAUGGAAAAGCCAGAGAUUUUAAAUGUUGUCUUGUAAUGAAGUCAUCAAUGAUAUACACGUCUCCUGUCUAUUGUUUUAA